AUGGCUCGCCGUAGUGGACAAUCACCUCGUGAUUAUGUCAGUGUGCUCGGGAAAGUAUCCAAUGUUUCCAAUAUUGAUCGUAUUGAACGCGUUGAUAAUGAUGCCACUAGGGUCAAGCGAGAACUUCUUGGCUGUAAAAUCAGGUAUGAAAAAAGUGAUAAUGUUGCUGUUCGAUUGAUCAAGCUGUGGGAGCUGCGAUUAUUAGAAAAGCAUUUGGCUUGGGGAAGGGCACUUCUUGAAGUUUCACACAACAAGGAGAACUCUGAAUUGGGGAAUGUAGAACCUUGGCGUGCAUUGCUAGCUGUACGCCACGAUCUCCCUGUGGCCAAAGCUGGGGGACAUGGGAGUUGA